GUCAAUUUAAAAGUAGACGUUAAAGUAUUAGCCUACUAAAUGUAAUGUACUUCUCCAGAACUCAAUGUUUUAAUCGUGUUGUACACUUUCCAUUUGUCGGUUAAUAUCAGCUGUGAAUUUUGUUUAUAACCUAGGUUAAAGAAUUAAUUACUCAAAUAUUUAAAUAUCGUAGUUAUUUAAGUGAAAAUGAAUAAAUUAACAACAUAUACAAUAAAAGAAAUACAUAAAGCAUAUCGCGAGAAAUUGUUAACUCCGUCAAACUUCGUCGAUUUGUGUCUUCAAAAAGCGAAACAAACGAGUGAAUUAAAUGCAUUUAUUACUAUCACCGAAGACACAGCGGAAAACCAAGGCGUUGAGAGUGAAAAGCGGUUUUAUUUAGACAAGAAACCUAAGCCUUUAGACGGUAUAACUGUAGGAAUUAAAGAUAAUUUCUGUACUAACAACAUACGGACCACUUGCGCAUCUGAGAUGCUGAAAAACUUCUAUCCAACGUACGAUGCGACGAUUUAUGCUAAACUAAAGGCUGCCGGCGCCUGUCUAGUUGGGAAAUGUAAUUUAGACGAGUUUGCAAUGGGAUCCGGGACUAUUGAUUCUAUAUUCGGCCCCACGAGAAACCCUUGGAAAUAUGAUAAUGAAAAUUGGAAUAUUACUGGCGGCAGUUCCGGAGGCAGUGCCGUCGCGGUUACCACGGGGUCUUGUGUGGCUGCCAUCGGUUCUGAUACAGGGGGAUCAACACGUAAUCCUGCAGCAUUAUGUGGCAUUGUCGGCCUCAAGCCAACUUAUGGCCUAGUCUCAAGACAUGGGCUGAUACCUUUAGUAAACUCCAUGGAUGUGCCAGGAAUACUCACAAGAAAUGUUGAAGAUGCAGCAAUCAUACUAAAUGUAAUAUCAGGCCCAGAUGAUUUAGACUCAACAACUCUUAAACAAGACAUGAAACCAGUAGAGUUGAGAGAUAUUGAUAUGUCUAAAGUAACUAUUGGUAUACCCAAAGAGUACCACUGUCCAGGAAUGAGUGAGGAGGUAAUUGAAACAUGGAAGUAUGUAACAGAUUUGUUGGAGACAGAAAAAUGUAGUGUCAAAAGUGUUUCCUUACCUCACACAUCUGUUUCCAUUGCUGUUUAUUCAAUUCUCAAUCAGUGUGAGGUUGCCAGCAAUAUGGCAAGGUAUGAUGGUAUAGAAUAUGGUCUACGAACUGGUGAAACUUACUCAACGGAAGAGUUGUAUGCUUCCACAAGGCUAAAAGGAUUCAAUAAUGUUGUCCGUUCCAGAAUAUUAGCCGGCAACUACUUUCUAUUGACAAGAAAUUAUGAUAAGUAUUUCAUCAAGGCAUUAAAGUUGAGGAGGCUAAUUUCUGAUGACUUUAAAAAUGUUUUCAAUGGUGUUGAUAAAGUGGACUUACUUCUUACUCCGAUAACUUUAAUGGACGCACCAUCUUAUAAUGACUUCUCGGUGAAAAAUAACAGGGAUCAGUGUGCUUUUCAAGAUUAUUGCACACAGCCUGCAAAUAUGGCUGGUAUACCUGCUGUAUCCAUUCCUAUUAGGCUGUCCAAGAAUGGUCUUCCACUAUCGUUGCAGUUGAUGGGCCCCGCAUUGUCUGAAGACUUAAUGUUGAAUGUUGCGAAGAAAAUUGAAAGUAUUGUUAAAUUUCCUACUUUAGAUGGUGUUGAGUGAUUUGUUAUUAAGCAGUGUAGUUUGAAUUGUAAAUAAAUUAUUGUUUAUA